UCUUGCUCUCUCUUUUGAUUCUGUCAGCAAGGUGCAGUGUGUUAAAAUUCAUGAGUAAAUUUCAUUUUCAAAUUUAAAUGGCAGUAACUGCAACAAAUUCGAUUUUGGUUAAGGCUUUCCCAAGUAUAGAUACAGAGUUAUUCGACUACAUUGAAGGUAUAUUAGAUGAUAAUAAAAGUGAAUUUGAAUCUUCUGAUCAUGUUUAUGAAGCAAUUGGAGAUAUGUUACAUGAAGUUGCUGGAGAUAGCAAAGAUGAAGAGGAUAUAAAAGAUCUGUGUUCUCAAUUACUAAAAGCUUUAAAAAGUGGCCCAGAAGUUGAAAAUAAUAAACGUAAUGAAAAUAAAAUUCUAAGUGCACCUGUCUGUCUGGGCAGUUUAGCUGAAAAUUUCGAAAAUGAAACUGAAGAAGUUGCAAGCAUAUGGUUAAAGCAAAGAGAAUCCCAAUCUUACGUUGAUCAGCGGAAGCUUGAAAAGGCUGAAGCAAAACUGAAGUCUAAACAAGAAAAAAGAGAUACCAAUGAUAAAAUAACUACACCGAGUAAUGUUAUCAUUAGUAAAGAAGCAACUGCUGUACAAGCAACAAGUAAAAAGGAAGCAAGAAUGGAUCAAAAAGGUUCCAACAAGAGCAUGGACAUCAAGAUUGAAAAUUUCGAUAUUUCCUUUGGUGAUAAAACAUUAUUAACAGGAGCAGAUCUUACUUUAGUUUAUGGACGAAGAUAUGGUAUGGUUGGCCGAAAUGGUAUUGGAAAAAGUACACUAUUAAGGAUGGUUUCCAGUGGGCAAUUGAAGAUUUCAAACCAUAUAUCAGUUCUCCAUGUUGAACAAGAAGUUGUUGGUAAUGAUACUAUUGCUCUUGAUAGUGUCUUAGAAUGUGAUGAAAAAAGACAAAGCUUAAUUGAAGAAGAGAAAAAAAUUCUUCAGUCUUUGAAUAACAAUGGACCUUCAAGUGAAGAUAGCCAAUCUAGUGGAAGAUUACAAGAGAUCUAUGCAGAGCUUCAACAAAUGGAAGCUGAUAAAGCGCCUGCAAGAGCAUCUGUGAUAUUAGCUGGUUUGGGAUUUUCUCCUGAAAUGCAAAGAAAGGCUACAAAGGAAUUUUCUGGUGGUUGGAGAAUGAGGAUAGCCCUGGCUAGAGCUUUGUUUUCAAAGCCAGACCUCUUGCUACUUGAUGAACCUACUAACAUGUUGGAUAUGAAAGCCAUUAUUUGGUUGGAAAAUUACUUACAGACAUGGGAAUCAACAAUUUUGGUUGUUUCUCACGAUCGUCGCUUCCUUGAUACUGUUGCCACAGACAUUUUACAUUUUCAUUCACAACAUAUUGAGAGUUAUAGAGGUAAUUAUGAAAAUUUUGUUAAAACAAUGACUGAAAAAUUAAAGCAUCAACAAAGAGAAUAUGAAGCUCAGCAACAGUACAGAGCUCAUGUACAAGAAUUUAUUGAUAAGUUCCGCUACAAUGCUAAGAGAGCUUCUUUAGUUCAGAGCAAGAUAAAGAUGUUAGAAAAAUUGCCAGAAUUAAAACCUGUAGAAAAAGAAACAUCAGUGGUUUUGCGAUUUCCAAAUCCUGAAUUUUUGCAACCACCUGUUCUACAAUUAGAUGAAGUAACUUUUGCAUAUCCUUCUUCUCCUGAUACAAUAAUAUUGAAUAACGUCAAUCUUUCUGCAAACAUGGGUUCUAGAAUUUGCAUAGUUGGUGAUAAUGGAUCUGGUAAAACUACACUAUUGAAGUUAUUAAUAGGAGAUCAUGAACCUACAAAAGGCAUUCGACACGCACACAGAAAUUUAGUUAUUGGAUAUUUUACUCAACAUCAUGUAGAUCAAUUAGAUAUGAAUGUUAGUUCUCUAGAAUUUCUUGCUAAAAGAUUUCCAGGUAAACCAUCUGAAGAAUAUCGAAGGCAACUAGGCUGUUUCGGCGUUACUGGGGAUUUAGCCUUACAGUCUGUUGCUAGUCUAUCAGGAGGUCAGAAAAGUAGAGUGGCAUUUGCAGCUAUGGCGAUGUUACACCCACAUUUUCUGAUACUUGAUGAACCUACAAAUCAUCUUGAUGUAGAAACAGUUGAAGCAUUAGGUAUUGCUCUACAAAAUUUUACAGGAGGAGUUGUUCUUGUAUCCCACGACGAACAAUUAAUAGAAAUGGUAUGCCAAGAACUUUGGGUGUGUAGAAAUGGUACUGUAUCAUCAAUUUCUGGUGGAUUUGCACAGUACAGGAAACUUGUAGAAGAAGAGCUAGCUGCCCAAGCUUAAAGCCUUGUAAUUUAUUUUUUUACUGUAAAAUUUUAAAUAAAUACUUAUUUAACGCAU